AAGAAGAAGAAGCUGCAGCAUGUCGGUGCACUUUGAGGAGAGGAGCGGUGUCGUCCCCUGCAAGACCCCCUGGGGCUCCUGGUACCAGACCAUGGAGGAGGUGUUCAUCGAGGUCAACGUGCCUAAUGGGACGUCUGGCAAGGAGGUCAAGUGUCAUUUGGGAUCCAGAGACAUCGAACUGCAUGUCAAAGGGAAGGAGAUGUUCAAGGGAAAGUUGUUUGAUACAACCAUGUCUGACGAGGCUACGUGGACACUAGAGGACAAGUGUCUCAUCCGGAUCAUUCUGAUGAAGACUAACAGGGAGGCAGGGAACUGCUGGUCCUCCCUGCUGGAGGGGGAGUACUGUGCGAAUGCCUGGGUCCAGGACCAGAUGCAGAGGAAGCUCACACUGGAGAGGUUCCAGCGGGAGAAUCCUGGAUUCGACUUCAGUGGUGCGGAGAUAUCUGGGAAUUUUGCUGGUGGUGGUCCGGACUUCUCCAGUUUACAGAAGUGACCAGUGUCAUGAUGCCAAAAACCUGCAAGUUGCUGGAGAUGUCACCUGUCUAAUAAACACUACUGAGGACAUCUAUUGUGUGAAGAAGAAGAACAGAGGAUUAAUCAGAGCUCCUAUGACGAAAAGACAAAAGGCCACACUUCAGAGCUCAAACACUGGACGGGCUACAAGACGACACUGUUUGACAAAGAUAUACUUUUCACAGCCGCCCUUUUAUC